AUGUCAACAUCAGAAGAGUUCACUGAAUCCAACAACUCAUCCCCUGUGGCCCCUCCUGCCCUACCUUCCACCAUCAGCAAAAGUUCACAUGAAGACUUUCAAACUCCUCCACUAAUUCCUGUGGAUGAGGAUCUUCCACUGCUGGACGGACGGUUUCUUGACAACAACCUGGACAACAGAGCAGGCGGGAGUUGGGAAACCUAA